AUGAAUUCCGAGGUCUAAGACAUUAUAGAUUUAUAUUUAUAGAUAGUUUCCAAUUUAGAUUUGGAUCCAUAACACGAUGUCACGAUAGAAUAACUAAAAAAUGAAAGAAAUUAUUGUACUAUAUUUAGAAUCAUGUUUCCAUUUUUAGAGAAGGAGAUUGAUAAUAUUCAAAAGGAAAGAAAUCCAACAGGCGAAAAAUUAUAAGGUCUUAUUGAAUUUUUAUCUUACCCAGUUUUAACGAUGGAUUUAUCGCAUAUAAGUGGUCAUUCUAUUGCUUAAGGAGAUUUGAGGCAUCUUUACAACUUUCUAUAAAUUUUACUUGAAUUAUCGAAACUUUAUAAAGACUAAGUUAGAUCUACUUCUUCAAGCUAAUAAAUUUCAACUCCUCCUGAAUAGAUAUCAGGGAACGAUUCUUCUAAGGGUGCUGAUUAUGAUUAAUUAUCUUAAGAAGGUAGUGCAAAGGUAGAUACCAAAUAGUUACCAAGAGACAAAUACGGGCAGGGUCAGAAAAUAAAUGCACCCUAAGAUAAAACAGGCACUUCUAAAAAGCAGCCUUAGAACAAUCAAAAGGAAGCUUCAGAUAGAAAGGAGGAGGGCAAAAAAGUACUAAAUUCAAAGGAAAAUCAGUUAAUAGCUAUUGGCAAUAAUUUAUUACCUGUAACCUAACAACAAUAACGAAUUAUAACACAAGAUCCAAAUAUAGUUACAAAGUAGAAAAAUAAAUAAAAAAAAAAGAAAUAACCUAGAGAAAAAGAAAAAUAAGAAGAUUAAUUUGAUUUCGAUUUUUCAGGUAUUAGUGAAAUAGAUUAUGAUUUUUUGGACUAACAUGACGAAGAGGAAAUUAAUUAAUUAGAAGAUGAUGAUCCAACUAAGGUUAAAUACAUUAGAGAACUAUAAAAGGAUAACAUAAGAAAAUUACUUUAAGAAAAGAUGAAAGGUGGGGAAGACCUAGAGGAUAGAUCAGAGAUUGACGAUUUUAUAGAUGAACAAAUUAAAGUCAUUAAAAUAUCUUUAGGUAAAAUGAAAAUUUAACCUCCAAGUGAUGAAAAAGAGACGAUGGAAUAAAUCAUCAAAAAGAGGAAUUAAUAUAAAGAAUUUCUAAAAGACUAUCUUAAGACUUAUCAAUAAAAAUAAAAGAAGCAAGAAUCCUAAUAAAAUAAAUCAAUACAAUCUUAAAAGCAAUAAAAUAAAAUGAAUCAAAAGAAGAAGGAUGAUUUAAAAAAAGAGUUUGAAAACGAGCAUUUGUCAAUGUACUAUAAAUUGAGAGAUGAAAAACUAAAUUAUUUAAGGAAAAUUCAUCGAAUAAUCUUUGAAUUAGAGAAAAGGAAGAUUAUUGAUGAGAAAAAGGAUCAUCUUCAAAUGAGAAGAUAAUAAAAUAUAAUUACUAGGAAUGCACUUGCAUCCGUUGAAAAUGCAUACAACGAUAAGAUUUCCAUGUUGAAAGACAAACUAUAAAAUGAAAGAAAGGAAAGACAUGUUGCAGGAGUUGCAUAAAAAUCAAUCCUCUCAAAAUUGGAAAAAGAAUUGAAGGAUGAAAAAAUAAAAUAAAUUCAAGAGCUCAAAGACAUUUGGAGAUAAGAGAAAGAAAGGUUCGAUUAUUUAAUGAAGGAUGAUGGAGAACUUGAAAAAAGAAUUCUAUAAAUUUACAAAAAGUAUUGAGAAAUUAUAUGCAAUUAUUAAUUAUAUAAUUAUGCUUA